AUGGCCAUGGCGUCUGUGGCUCAGCAACUCACGGGUGUAAAAUGCACCCCUCUUCUAUGGAAACCAACUCUAGCCCAAAAGCAAAGACGCAGUGGUGUUCUUCCUAUUGUAUGUUCCAUUGCAAUUUCAAGUGCAAAUAACAGAGAAAGAAUAAAGUUGAAACAACUCUUUGAUGAUGCUUAUGAGAGGUGCCGCACUGCUCCAAUGGAGGGUGUUUCCUUUUCUUUUGAUCAGUUUACUGAAGCUCUCGAGAAAUAUGACUAUGAGUCUGAAAUUGGGACUAAGGUUACUGGCAGUGUGUUUGGCACUGAUACUAAUGGAGCUUAUGUUGACAUUGCUGCAAAAUCCACAGCUUACUUGCCGGUGCGAGAGGCAUGCAUCCGUAAAAUUAAGCAUGUAGAAGAUGUGGGCAUGUUUAAUGGCGUGAGAGAGGAAUUUGUAGUCAUUGGUAAAAAUGAAAUUGAUGAUGGCAUGAUCUUGAGUUUAAGAUCUAUCCAGUAUGACCUUGCUUGGGAACGUUGUAGACAGCUUCAAGCGGAAGAUGCUGUUGUGAAGGGUAAGAUUAUUGAUGCAAAUAAAGGUGGUGUUGUGGCUGAAGUUGAAGGCCUUAAAGGAUUUGUUCCGUUCUCGCAGAUGUCAACGAAAAUACCGGGAGAAGAGAUUAUUGAGAUGGACAUUCCUCUGAAGUUUGUCGAGGUGGAUGAGGAACAGUCCAGACUUGUCCUUAGCCACCGCAAAGCUGUAGCCGGCAUUCAGGGACAAUUAGGAAUUGGAUCAGUAGUUACUGGCACUGUGCAAAGUCUAAAGCCAUAUGGUGCUUUCGUUGACAUUGGUGGAAUCAGUGGCCUCCUUCAUGUCAGUCAAAUCAGUCAUGAUCGUAUAUCGGAUAUUGCAACUGUUCUUCAAUCUGGUGAUAUUUUGAAGGUGAUGAUCUUAAGUCAUGAUCGAGAGAGAGGCCGAGUAAGUCUUUCAACAAAGAAGUUGGAACCUACACCUGGAGACAUGAUUCGUAAUCCAACGCUUGUGUUUGAGAAGGCGGAGGAGAUGGCUCAGACAUUCAGACAGAGAAUAGCACAAGCAGAAGCCAUGGCUCGUGCUGAUAUGCUUAGGUUCCAGCCAGAGAGUGGAUUAACUCUAAGCAGCGACGGAAUCUUAGGACCACUUGGUUCAGAAUUGCCUGCAGAGGGACUGGAUCUAAGUGAAAUACCCCCAGCUGAAGAUUAA